CGGAAUGUUUAUGUGUUGAAUAGUUAACUACAGAUUUGAAAGAAAUACCCCAAUUAAGGAAGUUAUUUAACUUGAUCACCUAUUGAUUAUUAAGAAUGUUAUCAGUUAAGACGAGAAAUCAUAUAAAAACACCUAGCAUAACAUGAAGUGUAAGAAUGGGAUUUGAAUACUUAGCUUUGUUCUCAUUGUUUUCUGUUUCUAUGAAAGGCGAACAAGUCACUGGAUUCAACGAAACUUCGGUCACUGGAUUUCCCGAAACAUCAGUAACUGGAAUCCCCGAUACGACGGUCACUGGAUUCCCCGAAACGUCAGUCACUGGAGUUCCCGAAACGUCAGUCACUGGAUUCCCCGAAACGUCAAACACUGGAUUCUUCAAACCGACAGUAAUACGAUUCCCCGAAACGUCAGUCACUGGAUUCCCCGAAACGUCAGUCACUGGAUUCCCCGAAACUUCAGUCACUGGAUUCCCCGAAACGUCAGUCACCGGAUUUCCCGAAACGUCAGUCACUGGAUUUCCCAAAACGUCAGUCACUGGAUUCCCCGAAACGUCAGUCACUGGAUUCCCCGAAACGACAGUGACAUGGAUUGAUGCAGCUUUACAUUGUUAUGAUCAACAUACUAUUUUAGAAAACAAUGUAACAAUACUUACCGACUACAUCAGUGAAAGUAACAGCGUAGAGAGCCUAUGGAUUGGCAGUUUUGUAGCGUGGUUACCAUGGAUUGAAAUAAGAGGUUGUUAUAACAUAUCUGCUGAUAUGGAUACUGUAACUGAUAUAUUCAAUGUGGAUGAUCCAGCUGUCUGUCAAGUUAAGUGCAUGAAAACAUGGAAAAGAAACAUUCAAUAUUUUGGAUUUAACCAACAUCAACACAGAUGUGUUUGUUUUGAGGACACAAGACUAGUCAGUGAGGUCAGUGGAAAUGCAAGUUUGUGUUCGAAUGUUUCAGCUGUACGAACCUACGACCGAUUUGUCGAUGUUUAUAAAGUAUUUAACAGAUCAGUGAGCAAUUCAACAGAUGAAGAUAAUUUCUGUCUGGCUCGUAACUGCAGUUCUAUUGAAACACCAACCUACUCCCAAUCAAAAUGUGGCAGUUAUUUCAAAGCUUACUGUCGAAACAAGGAAGAAGCUUAUAGUGGUACCAUGACAUUUAUCACCCUUUUUGCAAAUUGCAAUAUACGGCAUUUUGCUUAUCCGUUGCUACAUUCAGAUACCAUAUGUAACAAGAAACAGCCGGGAGACUCAACUGUAAUGUACUGGGUUGGUGUAUAUAGGCAAAAAUUAAACAUAACGGAUCUGGAUAAAUUAGAUUACACGGAUUUCGCCAACAUUAAAACGCACAUAAGUAAAUUUUCAUGUCUGUCAUACAAGAACAACAAUACAGACUUUUGCAAUCAAUCAACAACACAUAAUUUUAUGUGUAAAUCUGUUGAUGAAUUAAGCACUAUAAAUCAUGUCAGUACUAUGCCAACGUUUGUCACUUCAGAUACACAUAUUCUGGAUGAGUCAACUAGUAUAUCAACUACGAUACUUAUCAAUAAUACCAAUACUGUUAUGACUGACACAGAAGAAAGCAGCUUUGGUAUAGAAUACCGCCUAAUUAUUGGAGUUACUGUGUCAAUAACUGCUGUAAUGCUGAUAAUAGCUGUGAUACUGGUACUCAUUUCCAGAAAGAUACAUCGAAGAAACCAACCCAUAUCGCGGACAUUGAGUAAAGGAGAAAGUACGUCUAAAUUGAAUCAGUAUGAAUCAGAAAAUAUUCUUGAAGGUCAUUACAAUGACAUUGAUAUAUCAAAUGGAGAUUAUUGUUCAGCAAAUCCUGUAUCUGAUAAUAUCGUAAAUAAUGACGGGAUUGGAGAUGAGGAAUCAACAUAUGUUAGGGCAACAUCUGGUGUUUAUGAUAAAUUAAACGAGGUAAGCAAUAGAAAAAUUCCAACCAAAAACCCGAACCAAAAGGCAUCAGAAAUUGAAGGGGUCAAGAUGGAAGUGUUCACUUUGACCUCAAAUAUCGCAAUUGAUAAAAAAUGUGAAAUCGAUACUCUAAACUCUGCUAUGUCAAGUGAUUAUUGUAUAGCAAAACCAAUCACUGACACACACAAAUUGGAUAAUAGCCUUGAUAAUGCGGACUAUGUACAGUUAGAUAAUGUUGAAAAAGAUGAAAGUGCGAAAGCUUAUGAUCAAUGGCAGAUAACACAGGAAGAAGACACUGACCCAACGUACGACCACUCCAAGAACAUAAUUCCGAGGGCAACACAUAGCAAUUAUGACCAUUGUAGCAUCCAAAAGUGACAAUGUGGUGUAAUGUGAGGUACUUUGGAGUCUAUUGACUUUUUAGAUUGUAAAAUAACAGAAACCAAUAGGUCUAAAUUUGCAAUCAAUUCAGCAAAGUUUGAUGCCGGAAUGCAAUCUGCUGACACGAAUGUUAAAAAAAAAUACAUUGAUGAUAUUGUAUCUUAUAAUUACAAAUAUAUGUUUUUGAUUUAAAUUUUUUUCACGUAUCAAUUUAACGGAAGUUUAAUUAGAAAUUAUAUCAUUUGUAAAGGAAUUUACCGAAAAAUUGUCUGCUUUAUGUUAUAUAGGGUAAAGACGUACAGAAACCCUAUUUUCCUUGUAUGUUAUGACAUCUAGCUUCUCAUAUUUUAUUUCCAGAUUUUAUCAUUUAGUUUACCUUCACAUGAUGAUUUUUCUCUGUAUAAUUCAUAAAACAGUGUGUAAUGUGUUAAAAUAAGCUCUGUGACCUUUUAUAUGAAUGAAAUACAAUGAAUAACAAUAAA